AUGGAUGAUUCUUUGUUCGAUGUGAAUGCGGCAAUGAAUGGAAUAAGCAGCCACUUCAACACCGCCGGUAUGACGGCAGCUGGGAACAGCAUGCAUCAUCAUGUGGAAACUCCAAGAGGCCGGAACAGUCUGAGAAGGUACGCAAACGUUCCGCCCGGCUAUACCGAUACCGUCUUGCGGAGGAACGAACGCGAACGGAAUAGAGUCCGCCAAGUGAACCACGGGUUCGUCGUGCUUCGACAAAAGAUUCCCAUCGAGAAAGGGAACAAGAAGAUGUCGAAAGUUGAGACCUUGAGACUCGCUGCCAAAUAUAUCCGUCAACUGCAGUGUGUGAUCCAGAGCGCGGACCAGAUGACGAGACAACCGGUCGGACCACCAGCGGAAUUCUCCUCUUCGAACUCGUUCCCGUCUUCCACCCUACAAUCGAGCGUCUAUGAGUCGCCCACGACUUCGCCGAGCACCUUCUCGUUAUCACCGACAACCUCCCCCCAGAGCCCGCAUAGUUUGAACACCUCGAACGAUGCAAUGCCGAGCGUGCCCGUAUAUCAGCAGGACUGGUUCCACUUCUGA